AUGGUGCAAGAAGAGUCGCGCCAAUGCUUUGCUUUUGGGAAGCCAGGCCGCGUGGCCAGAGAUUGUCGGGCCCCACAGUCGCAAGCGAAAGCAGUGACGGCAGUAGCAGGACCGAAGAAGCCGCCCGGAUCUUAUGCUGCACUGGUAGAAAAAUUGGGGUGUAAAACGGAAGCAAAGACCGACGACAAAGAGUUUGGCGAUUUCUCCGGUAAAAAGACAGCGGUGGUCAUUGUUAGUUUUGGAAUCUAG